ACGUCAUCCGGAAGCGCCCAUAACACUUCCACCGCACAGCCCCCGCUUCAUUCCAGCGUCUGACGUUAAGUACCGAGAUCUGUAACACGACCACGGGAGGGUUGUGUGCUUGUCCAUCCGUAACAUGAGCUUUAACACUAAAUUAGUGUUGUCUGUGGUCCAUCUAUAAUAUGAGCACUGACACUAAGGUAGGCUCGUAAGUGGUCCAUCUAUAACAUGGAGACUAAUAACAUAAUGGACAUGUUCGAGGAGGGAAAGGUCCUCAAGAUCUGCGCCCCCAUGGUUCGAUACUCAAAGCUGCCAUUCAGGUGUUUGGUGAGGAGAUAUGACUGCGAUAUCUGCUUCACUCCCAUGAUAGUGGCUGCAGACUUCAUGCGUUCCAACAAGGCCAGAGAUAGUGAAUUCACCACCAAUGACUCUGACCGACCAUUGAUAGUGCAGUUUGCCUCCAGUGAUGCCCAGACCCUGGCUGAUGCAGCCUGUGUGGUCGCUCCUUUCUCGGAUGGAGUUGACCUGAACUGUGGCUGUCCCCAGAGGUGGGCCAUGGCUGAGGGGUACGGUGCUUGCCUCAUCAAUAAGCCCGAUCUGGUCCGAGACAUGGUUCGCCUAGUCCGAAACCAAGUAGCAAAACCCAACUAUUCAACCUCUAUAAAAAUAAGGAUCCACAAGGACCUUAGGCGGACCGUAGACCUGUGCCAGCAGGCUGAGGCCGCCGGUGCGUCCUGGAUCACGGUCCACGGGCGCACCGCGGACGAGCGCCACCAGCCGGUCAAUUACAACGCCAUACAGACCAUAAAGGACAGCGUCUCGGUGCCUGUUAUUGCCAACGGAGAUGUAAGGAACCUCCGGGACGUGGAGGCCAUGCACCGGCUCACUGGUGUGGAUGGUGUCAUGGCCGCCCGGGGUCUACUCGCUAACCCAGCUAUGUUUGCCGGCUACGAGGGCACUCCGCUGCAGUGUGUCUGGGACUGGGUAGACAUUGCAACAGAGCAAGGCACCCCUUUCACCUGCUUCCACCACCAUCUAAUGUACAUGCUGGAGAGGGUCAGUUCUCAGCCAGAGAGAAAAGUGUUCAACUCUCUCUACGGUACUGCAGCGGUAAUCGACUACCUGCAUGAAACAUACGGGCCAGUCCAAGAUUGCGGGAUGUCAACUUAAGUGUCUAUUUUGUUUUUAAUUACAUUUUAUGAAGAGUGUAUAUAUACAUAUGUUGGUUAAUAAAAUCGUACUUUUUG